CUUCGCUGCCGGUAGAGUGAGCGUGAACUGCCAAGAAGCGGAGAAGAAGGAAAAAGCAGAAGUGGAAGCAACGUCGAAACAAAAACACAGAUUUGGCUUUUUAUGACACCGAGUGACAGCCGAGAAAACUAGAAAUCACCGUGUCCGAGAACUGUGAACCGACUCCAGACCAACGAUGGCUGUGAACGUCUACUCCACUUCAGUGACCAGCGACAACUUGAGUCGUCACGACAUGCUGGUCUGGAUCAAUGAGUCUCUACAGAUGAACCUCACCAAGAUAGAAAUGUUGUGUUCAGGUGCUGCCUACUGCCAGUUCAUGGACAUGCUGUUCCCCAACUCCAUGCCUCUGAAGAGAGUCAAAUUUGGUGCCAAGCUGGAGCAUGAAUACAUCCACAACUUCAAGCUCCUGCAGGCCGCCUUCAAAAAGAUGGGAGUGGACAAAAUCAUUCCAGUAGACAAACUGGUGAAGGGGAAGUUCCAAGACAACUUUGAAUUCGUCCAGUGGUUUAAGAAAUUCUUCGACGCCAACUACGACGGGACGGAGUACAACCCGGUGGAGGCCAGACAGGGGCAGGACGCCAUGCCGAUGCCCAACCCCGCCACAUCGGCUCUGGGCAAAGCCCCCAGAAAGCCCCUCACUCAAGCUGCUCAGAGACCUCCGGUCGCCAAGGUAGCGCCCAAGUUGGCUCCGACCAGCGCCAGGAAGCCGGGGAUGGGAGGAGGUGACGAGGAGAGGGCAGAGCUCAUGAAUGAGAUGGAGAUGCUGAAAUCCACCAUUCGAGACAUGGAGAAGGAGAGAGACUUUUAUUUUGGAAAGCUGCGGAACAUUGAGAUGAUCUGCCAGGAGAAGGAAGGAGAAGGCGAUACGACGGUGCAGAGGAUCGUAGACAUCCUCUACGCCACAGACGAGGGUUUCGUGAUACCGGAUGCCGAGGAGCAGGAGGAGUUUUAAUAUUCAAGACUGCAAGCAACUUUUCCUUUUUGAACGCCCCGGUCUUCAAACCCACCUCCAAAUCCGGUUCGGUUUCACGUCCGAUCCAAACUGUCCCGAACCGCCCUCAACCCGCCGGACUUCCUCCUCCUCCUCAGCUCCACCUCAACCCGACGAUGCACCACACAUCUGGUUUUUGUAACGGACUUCUUGAGUGUGAAAAUCACGGUGAUGUUUCUGUGUGUGUGUGUGUGUGUGUGUGUGUGUGUGUGUGUGUGUGUGUGUGUGUGUGUGUGUGUGUGUGUGUGUGUGUGUGUGUGUGUGUGUGAGUGUGUGUUUAAAACAUGUUUAAAAAAAAUGAAAUCAGUGAAGAACCUCCUUCUGCUUCGUCCCGAACUAACCCAGAUUUGAGUGUUUUGUGCCUCAAUUUUUAUUCAUUUGGAAAGAAGACGAUGCGUUCGCAGACUUGAGGAAAAGCAAGAAACAAAAAAACACAUUCCUAUUCAGAAACACCAAAUCUGGGGGCGUCUGUUUUGCUAAAGGAAAUUAGGUGGUAAAGAAAUGCAGCACGGCAGGCUAGUUGUCCAUACGAAACACGGCAGCGUUUCUUUACCUCCUAAUUUUUGUACGGAAACAUGGCAGCGUUUCUGUGCCACCUAAUUUUCGUACAGAAGCAUUUCUUUACCGCCUGAUAGUUGUACGGAAACACGGAGGCGCUUCUUUAGCACCUAAUUUUUGCACGGAAACACGGCAGCAUUUGUUUACCGCCUAAUUUUUGUACGGAAACACGGCAGCGUUUCUUUACUGCCUAAUUUUCGUACGGAAAUAUGGAAGCAUUUUUUUUUUACUGCCUAAUUUUCAUACGAAAACACGGAGGCGCUUCUUUACCACCUAAUUUUCGUACAGAAAUGCUUCUUUACUGCCUAAUUUCCGUAUGGAAACACGGCAGUGUUUCUUUACCGCAUAAUUUCAUUCCGUACGGAAACAGGGCAGCAUUUCCGUAUUUUGAGGGGCUCAGGGUUUAGUCCGGGACGAGGUGGGUCUUUUCUCGGCCUUCCGUUUAGCCGUCGCCACCGAGGACGCCUUCUUUGACAAGCUUUUGUAAAUUAACGCUACUCACGUCUUUCCCCCUCACGCAGCUUUUUCUUUUCUUUUGUUUGUUUUCGUUCACCUUUAACUUCUGUUUGAGCUCCUUCGCCUGUUGGAAACUUGUUUUCCAGCAAGAAAUAGGUUUUUGGAUAUUUAAAGAAAAAAAAACCCUUUCACUCACAUUUGAGGCUUCCUAAAUGAGUCGAAGCAUUUCUGAUCGUAGCUGAUUUUUGUCUGUUUUUAUGCCGAAAUAAAUUCCACGUGACGAAACACUGUGAUCAGAUUUUGCUGCAUGUAGCCGCCACAUCGAAACCGUGUUUUUUUUGUGGAAUCGUAAAGCUAAAAGUUCACUGAAGCCAAAUUCUUCUUCUACCGUUGAUCUCAUUUGAGUCUUUUUUCCACUGUACUGUUUACAAAAACAAACACUUGGAAUACACACGACUUUAUCAGUGGCCUUAUCAAAAGAUUUUUCAUAACUUUCUUUCUGUUUUUUUUUUUUUUUACUUUAUUGUGCGUCUGCUGUUUGUACUGUUACAGUCGUAUUUUUUAAUGUGUUCUGAAUCUACUCGACAUCGGAGGUUUUGUGGGUGGCUGACACCUGUCUUCCAUUAAACGCUCGCAAAGCAAACAAGAAAUUAUAUAUUUAUGCUGAUUUAUUUGUUGUUUUUUUGCCUUUAGUUCGGUCUAAGCGGCUGCAGAAUUAAAUUAAAGAUCAGUUGAAUCGAUGUUUAUGCCCUUUAGCCGACACAAAUUCACAAUUCAUUUCUGUUUUCUAAUGUUUCAUGGAGGAAAGUGAAGGAAAAUGACUGAUCAAAUCACCAAUUUGUCACACAAAGAGACACUUUGUGGCAGGAUGCUAAGGAUGCUAAUGUUGUAGUUUUGUCAUUUUUGAGCUAAUAAGUUUCUAAAUCAACAAUCCGCUAAUUAUUAAAGGGUGCACUGUUUCAAACGACACAGUGACAAAAGAAUUUAGUCCCAGGUUUCCUUAGUACAUAAACUCUAGUCAGAGGUCAUGAAGCAUCAGUGAAGUCUUUGUCAUGGUGCCCAUUGCUAGCCAGACCACUGCUACUUUCCAUAAUUAAAAUAUGCAUUCCUGCCCUGAUUUUACUAGGCUUUCUAAUGUUUAAUGGAGGAAAAUGAAGAAAAAUUACCGAUCAAACUACCAGUUUGUCACACAGAUCUCGUAAAGAGGCAAUUUGCGGCAGGAAGCUAAGGAUGCUAAUUUUGUAGUUGUGUAAUUUUGUUGCUAAAACAAUUAUCAGCAGAUUAUUGAACAGUGCAUCAUUUCAAAUGCCACAGUGAUAUAAGAAUUUAGUCCUAUUUGAUCCUAGUUUUCCUUACUAAAUACGUAAACUCUGGCCAGAGGUCAUUAAGCGUCACAGAAGUCUUUGUCAUGGUGCACAUUGCUAGUCAAACCACUGCUGCUUUCCAUAUUUAAAAUAUGUAUUCCUGCCUUGAUUUUACAAGAAUUUCUAAUGUUUAAUGGAGGAAAAUUACUGACCAAAUUACCAAUUUGUCACACAGAUGUCGUCAAGAGACAAUUCACGGCAGUACGUUAAGGAUGCUAAUUUUGUAGUUCUGUAAUUUUGUUGCUAAUAAGUUGCUAAAUCAAUAAUCAGCAGAUUAUUAAAGGGUGCACUACUUCAUAUGCCUCAGUGAUACAAGAAUUCAGUCCUAUUUGAUCUCAGUUUUCCUUAAUCGGAGGUCAUUAAACGUCACAGAAAUCUUUAUCAUGGUGCCCAUUGCUCGCCAAACCACUGCUACUUCCCAUAAUACGCAUUCCUGCCCUGAUUUUUCAAGAAUUUCUAAUGUUUAAUGGAGGAAAAUGAAGAAAAAUGAUAAAAUCACCAAUUUGUCACACAAAGAGACAACUCACAGUAGUACGCUAAGGAUUCUAAGUUUGUAGUUUCGUGAUUUUGUCACUAAUACCUUUCUGAGUCAAUAGUCAGCCGAUUAUUAAACAGUGUGCAGUUUCAAAUGCCACAGUGACAUAAAAAUUUGAACCCAGUUUUACUUACUACAUAAUCUCUGGUAGGAGGUCAUUAAGAAUCACAGAAAUCUUUGUCAUGGUGCCUUCAGUAAGAAUCUCAAUCUUUAUUUUCAGAAUGUGCUCUGUUUGAUGGGAUCUUGUGGUUCGUUGAUGCUUUAUUGUUGUUUCCAUCCGUGUACUACAGCAUAUUUAGUUUGAGGAUCUGUUUUAAGUGACUUUUUCUCAGUUUUCCUCUGUGUAGCAGGAAAAACAACUAAAAUGAGGAGUCUCAGGAGCAAACAUCCCUGAAAAUACGAUUUGGCUGCAGAACUGAACAAAUAUUUACCACAAGUAUGAACUUUAUUGUCUGAAAACUCACUAAAACUAUAGAUCUGAUGAGAAAUUUCACCUCAAGUUAAUAAUAAAAGCCAAAUUAAAAAUCUGGUGCAACAACUGAAGUAGAUGUGCAUCAUUUCAGAGAGAGCUCCAUUUGAACGUCGCAAAGAUGAAUUUAAACAAUUUACCUGAACUCUUUCUCCUUCAUAAACAAUUUUAAAAAUGGUUACUUCUGAAGUGAUGAGCAGGUAUAAGGACAAUUUUUUUUCGUUAUUCUGACUAUGUUUUGCUAUAUUGUCAUUUAUUAUCUAUUUAUACCCUUAAAAAGUCAGAAAAUGGUGAAAAAUGUUGACUAAAUCCCAAUUUGAUGCCUUGUUUCAUCAGUUUAUGGUCACAGAGAAGGAAAGAAAGCAGAAAUUGUUGACCUUUAGGAGAAUUUGAAGCUUUUUUCUCGAAGCAAACCACUUUGGAAUAUUGAAUUUCAGCUCUUACACGUGAUUGUUUUAAUUUAAUAUUGGUUGGAGUAAAAUGUUUAGGUUGUUGUAGCUUCAGGUUCUUUCUUUUGGUUUAGGAGACGGGUUUGAGAAGGUUAAUGUUGAGAUAAAUGGACUAAACGAACUCUGUCUUUCAGUUUUUUUCCAUUUUCUCGAUGCAGGAAAAUGUGAAACUGUAAACAGAACUUUUAAAAGAGUGCCUGUCGUGACUAAAACCCUGAAAUACUGUCGGUACUGAGCGAUCUGCUGGAGCACGAGGAGCUUUUCUGUCCGUCGCUGGAGAUUCUUUUGACAAUCGUCGGGUUUUUUUGCAGUUUGGAGACGGUUUGAUGAUAGUAGUGAAGCUUCGUAAGUGUUAGAAGGACUGUGUGAAUGAAAGAAGACAGAAAACGUCUGAGCAAAGAGAAAUAUUUGGCUUUAAAUGUGUUUUUUAGUUUCUUUUUUCUUCCCCUCAACAGUCAGUGCCGAUGACGUGAACACUGUGGGCCGUUCUCUCUGUCAAGUGUUUCUUAUACUCUGAUGAACUCGGUUUUCUUAAAUCAAGUUUGGUACAGACAAUAAAACAGCAUUUCCACGUCA